AACAAGAAUGACAUAAGCUUGAGAAAGCCACCCACUUUCUUCCUUCUCUAAACGCCACCACCUUCUAAAUUUCCUCCAUUCGCCCUCCGGGCCCUACUAUAACUAUGAUCCACGCUCCUUCCCUCCUCCGCCGUCCCUUCUUCUCCUCCUCCUCUCCUCCGCCGCCGCCCGCCGCUUCCUGCAUCCUCCCUCCUCCUCCGCUUCUCCGCCCUCACGUCAUUUCCAGCCUCGCCAGAACUCCAAUCUCUCUCCGCUGCUCCGCCGCCGACUCACGGUCGCCGUCGAAUCGAGAAAUGGCCGCACAGCAGGAUCCCCGCCUCGCCGGAAUCGCUUCCGCGAUUCGAGUCAUCCCUGACUUCCCCAAAGCAGGGAUUAUGUUUCAGGAUAUAACGACGCUGCUUCUCGACGUGAAGGCGUUCAGGGACACCAUCGAUUUGUUCGUCGACCGGUACAAGGAUAAAGGCAUCUCCGUCGUCGCUGGUAUUGAAGCAAGGGGUUUCAUAUUUGGCCCUCCCAUUGCAUUGGCUAUUGGCGCGAAGUUUGUCCCGUUGAGGAAGCCCAAGAAGCUACCUGGGGAGGUUAUAUCGGAAGAGUACUCCCUCGAAUACGGAACAGACAAGAUAGAAAUGCAUGUAGGUGCUGUAGAAGCUGGUGAACGUGCGCUGAUAGUUGAUGAUCUCAUUGCAACUGGUGGUACCUUGAAUGCUGCAAUCAGGCUUCUAGAGCGUGUUGGCGUUGAAGUUUAUGAGUGCGCUUGUCUCAUGGAGCUGCCUGAGCUGAAGGGUCGUGAUCGACUGGGGGACAAGCCUUUGUUUGUCCUUGUGCAAUCAUCUGUUGAUGCGCAUGAUCAUCAUUAGAGAUCUCUCAAGGAUGGGGGAAGAGGUGGUGAAGGAACGAGUUGGAUGGCAGAGUAAAGAAGGUGUUUCCUUUAACAAUAAACGAUUUGGCUGCGAGUUUGAUGAUUUCUGGGUAAACAAGAUUGAUUCGAGGUUAACAUAGUUGAUUGAACAGAAUGAAUGGGAUGAAUGAAUUAGAAGAGGCAGCCGGUUUGAAACUGUCUUCCUGUAGCUUAUUAUCAUACCCGUUUGUUUCAAGAAAGUAGGAUGCAAUAGGCUGCUUAUUGUAUCAAAGGCUCAAAGCCAUAAUAUUAUUAGAUGCUUGGCUCAUCUCUUAGACACUGCAAUCUUUUGCUCCAUGCUCCCUUUUUCUCUCUCAUCAUUGAACCUAAACCUAAAC